UCAGGCAUGUUGUCUCAGAGGUCACCAUCAUGGCGCUGUCCAUGUUGAAUGUGUACGAUAAGGCUCAAAAUUCUGUAGAUAGCUAUGAACGGAGACAGUUUUGAAUUAGACUUAAUGUGUUCACAGAUAUUAUUCUUAGUGAAUUAUUGGUUUUUUGUCAUUUAAAAAUAAAGUAGUUGCAGAAUCAUGCCUGGUUCAAAUGUUUGGACUCGCAGUAGAGCGAGAAUGAGACUUUUCCCGGAGAUGUUCGCUCAGUGUUCAGCAGAGGCAACCGCUUAUGGUAAAUGCGUGGCCGCCACAACGACUGGCAAACAGGAGCUGACCAAAAAUAUGUGUGCUAAAGAAUUUGAAGCAUUAAAGACCUGCUUUCAAUCAGCUGUGAAAAAGGCAGCAAAAUGAAGAACAUCUUGGAUAAAAUACGAGUAGCCAUAAAAUGUACAUUUUCUAAUUUCCUGUAAAUAUAUAUAGGCUAUUUAAAGUGUUUGAAAUGCAUGAUUGUCUUCAACACAAAGGUGUAAUAAAUUUAUUUUUGAAGAAAACUGUUAUACAAA